AUGGCACUGAGAUUUUCUAAAAGUAAACAUAACACCAAAGUAAUCCUCGAUGGAGAGAGGUGGGAGAGGCGAUUACAAAAAGAAUUAAUGUCCCUGAUAAAGGAACCACCGCCAGGUGUUGUUGUUGAUUCUGAUCAGGGAGAGAACCUUAGCCUAUGGACUAUUAAAAUGCGCGGAGCGGAAGGGACCUUGUACGAAGGUGAAAAUUUCACACUACAAUUCAAGUUUAGUCCAAAAUAUCCUUUUGAUUCCCCAGAGGUGACGUUUAUUGGUCCCAAUAUUCCAGUUCACCCACACGUGUACAGCAAUGGCCAUAUAUGCCUCUCCAUCCUGACAGACGAUUGGAGCCCGGCGCUCUCAGUCCAGACUGUCUGCCUGUCCAUUGUAUCCAUGCUCUCAAGUUGUAAAGAGAAGAAAAGGCCACCUGAUAAUUCAUUCUAUGUGAAAACAUGCAAUAAGAAUCCAAAGAAAACAAAGUGGUGGUACCAUGAUGACACCGUAUGAUGCGAUCUGUGGAAGCUGGAGUUAGUACCCGAUGGCACAGUCGACGCUCAGCUGCAGAAAUUCCAUGAUGAAAUACCAAUAUCUGUCCAUCGCUCCAGCUCAAUGUCGUAUAUUAAUGUACUAUAUGAAAAACUUUCAAAUAUUAGAGUGAAUAAAAGAGUUUUUAUUUAAGUGAUAUGUUUGUGUGAGAAAGGAAAAAAAUAAUUUUUUUUUCGUCUUAUUUUUUAUUUUAUUGUAUUGUAAAUAAGUGUUUGGAGCAGUACGGUACAACUUCCUAUUGCAAUCACAUUUCCUGUGCGUUGCUUCCUGGGGUAAUGCUGUCGAUAAGCGACUGCCCGGAAGCAUUAUAUACAGAAUUUAUGAUAAUUUGCGUAGUGGUACUUUACACUGUUACUUUUACCCAUCACUGAGAUGCGCGUUUCGGAUAAUUAGGCUUAUCUUUAGUGAAUGCUUAACAAUUCUCUUGUGUACUUUUGAAUUUAUGUGAUUAAAGCACUGCGAUCAGCUUUUAAGUGCAAUAUUAUUACAGAGUGACCAAUUUUAAAUUUUUUUUUUCAUUUAUUAAUAUUAUUAUAAAUAUAUAUUUAGUGUUAGGCGUAUUUAUUUACUAGUUUGAUGUAAUUUGACUGAGACUUUUCUUUUCAUAAACUUAUAUAUUUAUUAGUACUUCUUCUAUACUGAUUAUAAUUGUCCAUGUUAGAACUACAUUGAUGUAUUCUUUAUUAAUUGAAAUGAUUAAAAGCAGAACAAGAAAAUUAUAUAUAAAGAGAUAUGUAGUGAUUAAAAAAAAAAGUUGAAAAAAUAAAUGUGCUAGUUGCAUCGUGCUUUAAAGUUAAAUUUUAGAGACUGUUUAAGGGAUUCUGGUUAUAAUGUUUAAAUUUUAUUUUAUACAUUUACUAAUCAUCAUAAUUGUAGCAUAAGAAAUUGUCCAUUAUGUUACUUAGGUCGACCCUCUUAUUGUAUUUUAAAAAGUCAAUUUUUUUUUGUCCAUAAUUUUGAAAUCAUUGUUACAACUUGUCAACCUAUGUUAUCAUUUUUAAACGUGAGCUCUUGAUAUCUUUCUUUUUUAAGAUUUAUCAAGAUGCUUGCCUUAAAAGCUGCUUCUUUAUCAAGACAAAAAAAAAUAUAUAUAUAUUUUUUUGCUAUAACUUUAUUGCCUCGAUCCACCUCCAUUCCAUUAUAUAGUUUUUAUCAAUUGUUACAUACUGAAAUUAAUCGUACAACUUUGCUUAGUCACAUUCCAUACUCGUGGUGUCUACUAACAAAAAGGGUAACUUCAAAUUCUAAAAUCAUUCAAAAAAUACAAAUAAGAAAAACUUAUUUUUUGUUAGUUUUCAGUUCAGAAAAGUUGUGUGAAUAAACUUUUUAGUAAAUAUUUACGUUAAUAGUAUGUUAAACUUUAAAAAAAUAGUGUUAUGCCCUUUUGAUAGAAAGUUAGUUUAUAAUAAACAAUAAAAUUAUUUAGUGUUGAUUAAAUUUAUUUACUAAAUUUUAAAUGAUUUAAAAAAAAAUCUUUACUAAAAUAAAAUACUAGUAACUUGUUUUAAUAAAUGGAAUUAUUUUCAAAAUUUAAAAGUGUUAAUAAUAAAAUUAUGUUAAUAGUAAAAUUAUUAAAGACUUGACAUUUUUUAACCUAAUUCUCUGAAUUAGAGCUUGAGUUUGAAAACUUUGUCAGCUGGUUUAGAUUGUCUAGAACUUUGAUCUUAGACAGUAAUGGAAUUUUUGAAAGGACGGAAUGAACUGUUUUUGUUAUUAGAUACCUCAUUUGAUUUUAGUUCUUUUAAGAAAGCAACUUGAAUGAAAUUAAAUUUGUAUAAGCUCAAAAGUUACGACUAGCUCAGUUUUAAUCAGAUGUCAGUGUGUAUUAGCAAACCAAAGUAUUUAUGUUGAAGAAUGUUAAAAAUGGUUUCUAUAUUAAUGGGCAUUUUUAUCUUACUAAUUAGUUCUAUAUUCCGCCCCUUGUAUGAUUAGUCAUUAAAUUAUUAAAUUUAAAUUUUUAAAAUUUAACGUUAAAAUAAUGUUUUUAUUUUUUCUCUUUAAUUUUUUUGUCUUUUUCUUUUAUAAAAGAUUAUGGUCACUAAGAUUUAUCAGUAUCAACUCGGAUUAAUGUGUAUACAUAUAUAAUGUUAUAUUAUCAUGAAUAUUUGUAAUUUAAAAAUUUAAUAUCUAAACAAUUUUUAAAAUAAUCUAAAGAAACCCUUCCAAAAAAUUUCAUCCACAGUUCUACAGAAGUGCAAUUCCAAGUGGUUUU